AUGCCGGUCGUGGUGACUCGCAACCAGUUUGUCGGGCUGAAGGUCGUCAACGGGGCGCCUUUCAAGGCCGUCGACAUCUUCCCCGACCUCGCCUGUGGCACCAUCGCCCUCGCCAACGACGUGACUUUCCACCUCGGGCCACCCGUGGCCGUCCUCCUCCAGUCGGACGAUAGUGCGGGCCUCGCCAUCCCCGGGCUCCCCAACGGCACCAUCUUAGUCAAGAGCAAGACGGUCGCCAUCCCGAGCCAAAUGCGGGGCAAGGAAGGCAGAUGGAGGGGCAAGCCCGGUUUUCGUAAGAUCGACGCCGUCCAGGCCGAGUUCUCUGCUUUCGACACGCUACAUGAGACGGAUGGCCUGAUCGAUGCCGCCAGAGACCUCGGCGUGGCCUACGUGGCUUAUGGCCCGCUGGGACAUGGUUGGCUAGUGGACGACUUUGCGUACAACAGCCCCGACGACUUUGGUCCCACCGACGGCCGCCGCGGCAUCCCCAAGUUCCAAGGCGAGAACUUCUACAACAACCGCGCCAUCGUCCGCGAGCUGCAGAAGCUGGCCGCCAAAAAGGGCUGCGCCACCACACAAGUCGCCCUUGCUUGGGUCGCCGCGCAGGGUUUCAUCGCCAUCCCCGGCACGACCAAGGCCCAUUGGCUGGAGGAGAACUGGGCGUCGCGCGACGUGGAGCUGACCGAGGCCGAGAUGGCCGAGAUGCGCCGCAUCGUCGAGGAGGCCAAGCCUAAGGGGGCGCGGUAUAGCGAGGCGUUGCAGAAGAUGGUGGGCAUUGAUGAUGGCCUUGGGAUAUCCCCGGCUUGA